AUGAUCUCAAAACUUGCCCUCACAAACCCCAUUUUAUCGGCUCCUAUCUCAGUCGCUCUUGGUUCAGAUAACUACGUCUCUGGCAAACACUCUGAUUCCACAUCUAGCCACUCUAAGGCUGGCUUCUGGAGCAGGAAGCAACCAAUAAAUUCCAUGAAGAACGCAAUCUCUCAUAUCCAAACGAGCGAUAAAAGAUUGUCAUCCCACACAUCAGGUCUUGAACCACGUAUGGAUACUCUUGAACCUUUCAACACUAAAUCUUCUAUAAAUGUUCCUACCAGGCAAUCGCUAAGCUCCCACCAAGAUUCAACAAGGACGCCAUCACUCAGUUCUUCAAUUUCAACAAAGUCGAGUGAUUCAGAUCUCCUGGAAUCCUCUGAGGCGGACACUACUGAACUUCAACAGAUAGUCUUAUAUCAAUCAACGAGCUCAAAUGCGUCAAGAUUUUGUGGCCCUUCUUUCACCAAAUCAAAUGAAGUACAAGAAGAAAUGAAGAUGUCAAGAGGCGGCGUGUUACUCUUACCUACGAUUGUAUUGACGCCCCCCGACGAUGAAGAUGACUACUGCACGGUAUCUCCUUUCAUUUUGGAACUCUUCUGCCCGUACACCACAGACAGCGUUGUCCAUCAAAACCUUCAAGUCCCCACCGCACCAAAGUCCAAGGGUAUCGAAGCAAAUUCAAAACGCAGAAAAUAUCCCCACCCAGCAGGGCCUUGGUUAAGGCCUCAUCACACGGCAGACCUGCGUGUGAGCGGAAAAAGCGCUGUUUCUUCAUCACCUCUGGCCAAUCAGAAAUUGACAUGGCGAUGGGAAGAUGGCUGUCGAACUGCUCAAGGUAUCGUCGUUGGAUGGGGAGCCACAGUUUCGUACUUCAUCAAGAAAUACAAUUAUCAAAACAAGCUGAAGGAAAUCGGAACCAAACAUUGCGAAAACCUGGCGCCAGCCGUCGUUGUGUUCCCUCCACCUCGUCUACCAAACGAAAAAGAAAUACAGCAACGCCAGCUUCAGUUUACGAUCGAGCAAAGCGUACGACUAGGCCAAAAAGUCCAUCGGAAACGCCAAAAUCAUCCCAUGAGUUUCCAUCACAAAGCUUCACAGCCCGUUGGUGAUUUGAAAUAG